CCUAUCCUCUUUUCCACCUUGCCCCCUCCCCCUGUCCCUCCCUACCCCAGUUCCCCGGAUUUUGCGCACAACCCACAGGCUUUUGGGCUCCAUCGACUCGGCAUCAUGGCGCCUCCGAAGUACGCCGGCAUGUCCGGCCGCCGGCUGUCUUUGUUUCUGUCGGCCAUCGCUACCAUGGGGUUCCUGCUUUUUGGAUACGAUCAGGGAGUCAUGUCAGGUAUUAUCUCGGAUGCCGCGUUUAACGACGUGUUCACGGCCACCAAGAACGACAACGUCAUGCAAGCUACCGUUACUGCCGUCUACGAAGUUGGCUGCCUUUUUGGUGCCAUCUUCGCCUUGAUUUUCGGUGAAACGCUGGGCCGCCGGCUUAUGGUCAUCUCUGGCGCGGCGGUGAUGAUCAUCGGUGUCGUUAUCCAAGUGACCGCCAUGCCAGGCUCGCUGCCCUUGUUGCAAUUCAUCUUCGGUCGAGUUAUUACGGGCAUCGGAAAUGGCAUGAAUACCUCAACCAUUCCAACCUACCAGGCUGAAUGUUCCAAGACAAGCAACCGAGGUCUUUUGAUUUGCAUUGAGGGUGGUAUCAUCGCCAUUGGAACGGCCAUUGCCUAUUGGAUAGACUUCGGUGCACACUACGGCCCGCCAGAUCUGGUCUGGCGGUUUCCGAUCGCAUUCCAGGUCUUCUUCGGUAUUUUGAUCAUUGUCGGCAUGGCAUAUCUCCCGGAAUCUCCUCGAUACUUGAUCGCCCACGGCAAGGUUGAGGAAGGUACCAGAGUCCUUGCUGCCCUGGCAGAUGCGGAAAUCGACCACCCUCAUGUUCAACUGGAGAAGAACCUGAUAUUGGAUUCUGUCAGAGCUUCCGGCUCCUCCCAAACCAGGUUUCGUGACCUGCUCACGGGUGGUCCGUCCCAACAUUUUCGCCGCAUGUUGGUGGGAUCAUCCUCCCAAUUCUUCCAACAAAUUUCCGGUUGCAAUGCUGUCAUCUACUACCUGCCGGUGCUGCUGGAACAAUCUAUCGGUCAAUCCCACAACUUUGCGCUUCUGAUUGGCGGCGUCAACAUGAUCUGUUACGCUAUUUUUGCCACCUUCUCCUGGUUCUUCAUUGAGAAAAUCGGCCGACGCAAGCUUUUCCUUGGAGGCAGUUAUGGCCAGUGUGCUGCGAUGAUUAUUGUGUUCGGCUGUCUGAUCCCAGGAGAUUCCGAGACUGCUAAGGGCGCCGUCUUCGGCUUCUUCCUCUACAUGUGCGUUUUUGGCGCCACCUGGCUGCCCCUUCCAUGGCUCUAUCCGGCUGAGAUCUCUCCUCUCAAGACGAGAUCAAAGGCAAACGCCGUGUCUACCUGCAGUAACUGGCUGUUCAACUUCACCGUGGUCAUGAUCACCCCCGUUAUGGUAUCUCGCAUUGGAUGGGGCACGUACCUUUUUUUCGCCGCCUGGAACGCGGUCUUCAUCCCGGUCAUUUGGUUCUUCUACCCGGAGACUGCGGGGCGCAGUUUGGAGGAGAUUGAUUUGAUUUUUGCCAAGGGCUAUGUUGAAAAUAUGAGCUACGUCCGCGCAGCGAAGGAACUGCCCAGGCUCACUGAUGAAGAGAUUGAGGCCAAGGCGGCCGAGUACGGAAUUCUCAACGACGAAGAGAAGGCCGAAGAGAGGAUUGCCGAGAAGGAUCCUCCUGCAUCUGCUGAGUUCUCCCAGUUCCAGCCCACCCAGCUGUGAAGGGCGCUGCUUAAAAUAGGUUUGAAUUUUGGAAGGAUACCAUUGUACGACGAUAUGUUUGGACAUGAGUUUUAUACCAUUUUGUUUUGCUUUUGCCGAGCCUGUUGCUGGACAACCAAGCUGGCACCAUUUGUC